GUGUCUCCCUCUCCCUCUCUCUCUCCCUACCCCCUCCAACCUCCCCGCCCCACGCCCUCAUCGCCCCCUUUCAGCGCCACCGCUCGGGACUUGUGCAUGGAUUUCUCCAAGAUUCUGGGAGUCUGAAAAACAUGGAUGUCCCGCCAUUCCUUGCAGCGGAAUAGUGCGUUUCUGCGCAGUGAAUGAACGAAGAACAUGCAGGGCUUGCUAAUGCAUUGAGGGGCAUACGCUGUCUCCAGUCUGCCUGUCCGUGACCAUGUCGUGAUCUUUUUCCGCGGGGCCACCGACCGCUCUUCCUCGCCGUCAACCCCAUCCAACCGUGGACCCUGAUAUCGCCGACAACAAACACACACACACACACACACACACACACACACACACGCUGAGUAGCAGAGAGGGGAGAAUACGCCCCUGGAAUUGAUACACCUGCAAACAUCAUGAAGAUUAUCUCUCCGCUUCUAAGCGAUCUGGUCUUUGAGUAUUGGAUUCGACUCUUUCUCUGCCUCGUGUGGACGGGCUAUUCUGAAGGGAUGCCGCAUGUUCUGAGAUUCGGAGGUAUUUUUGAGUCGGUGGAAAAAAGCCCAUCUGGGGCAGAGGAACUCGCCUUUAAAUUUGCUUUAAAUACAAUCAACCGAAACAGGACUCUGUUGCCGAACACAACAUUGACCUACGACAUCCAAAGGAUAAAUAUUUACGACAGUUUUGAGGCAUCCAGAAAAGCUUGCGAUCAGCUCUCUCUGGGAGUGGCGGCCAUCUUUGGGCCUUCCCAUAGUUCCUCAGCGAACGCAGUGCAGUCCAUUUGCAACGCCCUUGGCGUCCCGCACAUACAAACCCGGUGGAAGCAUCAGGUCUCAGACAACAGGGAUUCCUUCUACGUCAACCUGUACCCGGACUUCUCGUCCCUCAGUCAGGCCAUCCUAGAUCUGGUGCACUUCUUCAAAUGGAAAACUGUCACUGUAGUCUACGAUGACAGCACAGGUCUGAUUCGGUUGCAAGAGCUCAUUAAAGCUCCAUCUCGCUACAACAUCCGCUUGAAAAUUCGUCAGCUUCCCUCGGACACGAAGGAUUCCAAGCCCUUGCUGAAAGAAAUGAAGAAGAACAAGGAGUUCCACGUGAUAUUUGACUGCAGCCACGAGAUGGCAGCUGGCAUCUUGAAGCAGGCUUUGUCAAUGGGAAUGAUGACUGAAUAUUAUCAUUACAUCUUCACCACCUUGGACAUCUUUGCCCUGGACCUGGACCCUUACCGCUACAGCGGGGUGAAUAUGACCGGUCUCCAGAUUCUCAACACUGAGAGCAGUCAAGUCGCCUCCAUCAUCGAAAAAUGGUCAAUGGAACGACUCCAAGCACCGCCGAAAGCAGGCUCGGGAUUGCUGGAUGGAUUCAUGACGACCAACGCUGCCUUGGUGUACGAUGCCGUCCAUGUUGUCUCAGUGGCCGUACAACAGUCUCCACAGAUGACGGUCAGCUCACUGCAGUGCAACAGGCACAAACCCUGGCGGUUUGGGAGCCGCUUCAUGAAGUUUAUUAAAGAGGCUCACUGGGAAGGUCUCACAGGAAGGAUUAUAUUCAACAGUUCCAAUGGCUUGAGAACAGAUUUUGAUUUGGACGUGAUCAGUCUGAAGGAGGAAGGUCUUGAAAAGGUUGGGACCUGGGUGACCAGCAGUGGGUUGAACAUGACUGAGAAUCGCAAAGGAAAGACGACAAACAUCACUGAUUCAUUAUCCAACCGAUCAUUAGUGGUCACAACGAUCCUGGAGGAGCCGUACGUGAUGUUUAAAAAGUCGGAUAAACCCCUCUACGGCAACAGCCGGUUUGAAGGAUUCUGCAUUGACCUCCUCAAGGAAUUGUCCAAUAUCCUCGGAUUCACCUACGAGGUCCGGCUGGUGGAAGACGGGAGGUACGGAGUUCAGGAUGAAAAAGGACAGUGGAAUGGAAUGGUCAGGGAACUGAUGGAUCAUAAAGCUGAUCUUGCAGUUGCACCCCUCACUAUCACCUACGUCCGAGAGAAGGUCAUUGACUUCUCAAAGCCAUUUAUGACCCUGGGAAUAAGUAUUUUGUACCGAAAGCCCAACGGUACAAACCCUGGCGUUUUCUCCUUCCUGAAUCCUCUCUCCCCUGAUAUCUGGAUGUAUAUUCUGCUGGCUUACUUGGGUGUCAGUUGUGUGCUGUUUGUUAUAGCCAGGUUUAGCCCAUAUGAGUGGUAUAACCCCCACCCUUGCAAUCCCGACUCAGAUGUGGUGGAAAACAAUUUUACCUUGCUAAAUAGUUUCUGGUUUGGAGUUGGAGCGCUCAUGCAGCAAGGUUCCGAACUAAUGCCCAAAGCCCUUUCCACCAGGAUCGUGGGUGGCAUCUGGUGGUUCUUCACCCUCAUCAUCAUCUCGUCGUACACCGCAAACCUGGCGGCCUUCCUCACGGUCGAACGCAUGGAGUCUCCCAUCGAUUCAGCCGAUGACUUGGCCAAGCAGACCAAGAUAGAGUACGGCGCUGUAACUGACGGGGCCACUGUGUCUUUCUUCAAGAAAUCCAAAAUAUCAACCUAUGAGAAGAUGUGGGCCUUCAUGAGCAGCCGACAACACACGGCUCUGGUCAAAAAUAACGAGGAGGGGAUCCAGCGGGUUUUAACCACAGAUUACGCCUUGCUGAUGGAGUCGACCACCAUCGAGUUUGUCACCCAGAGGAACUGCAACUUGACACAGAUCGGCGGACUCAUAGAUUCCAAGGCAUACGGAGUCGGCACUCCUAUGGGAUCGCCGUACAGGGAAAAGAUCACAAUCGCCAUUCUCCAGCUGCAGGAAGACGGCAAGCUGCACAUGAUGAAAGAGAAGUGGUGGAGGGGGAAUGGUUGUCCGGAGGAAGAAAGCAAAGAGGCCAGUGCCCUAGGAGUCCAGAAUAUCGGAGGCAUCUUUAUAGUACUGGCUGCCGGCCUAGUGCUCUCCAUCUUUGUAGCCGUCGGUGAAUUCCUGUACAAGUCGAAAAAAAACGCACAGCUUGAGAAGAGGUGCAAUGAUUACCAUGCCGAUCCUAGAUGCAAUCAAAUGUGUAGGAAGGAACUGCAGAUGCUGGUAUCAACCGAAGAAAGACCCAUAAAAGCUGGAGUAACUCAACGGGUCAGACAUCUUUCAUUAAUUUGUUCUAUAUCUCUCUGUAUCACCAUCUAUAUCUCUCGUUUCCCUAUCCCCUGUCUCUCAGCCUGAAGAAGGGCAUCAACCCAAAACGUCAGCUAUUCCCUCUCUCCAGAGAUGCUGCCUCACCCGCUGAGUUACUCCAGCAUUUUGUGUCUACCUUUGGUUUAAACCAGCACCUGCAGUUCCUUGCUACACAAACUAUGCAUAAGAUUGUUUCUUAAACACAGGUUAAAAUGCGUCGGAAGGAACUGCAGAUGCCGAUUGAAAUCGAAGAUAGGCACAAAAAAGCUGGAGUAACUCAGUGUGUCAGACAUCAUUCAUUAAUUUGUUGUAUGUCUCUCGGUAUCACUGUCAAUAUCUCUCGUUUCCCUUUCCCCUGACUCUCAGUCUGAAGAAGGGCAUCGACCCGAAACAUCACCUAUUCCUUUUCUCCAGAGAUGCCGCCUGACCCGCUGAGUUACUCCAGCUUUUUGUGUCUAUCUGGGUGCAAUAAAGUCAGGUCUUGCUCUUUCUCUGGCUGUGACGUUACAGCAAGUACGAAUAAUCCUGGGGGCAAACUUUACCCCCUUGACUGCAGAUGACAGAUUGAUCAAACAGCUUCACACUGAUCGCCAUCAUAAACAUUUAACAUUAAGUUGGAGUUAAAUUUACUCACAGAGAAAAUAUGUUCAGUCACUUGAACUGCAAUUAAUAUGUUUAUCCAUCUUCAUGAAGCCCUAGGCUUUUUAAAGAUGUCACAGUGGCACAGCGGUAGAGUUGCUGCCUUACAGCGCCAGAGACCCAGGUUCGGGUGCUGUCUGUACGGAGUUUGUACUUUCUCCCCGUGACCUGUGUGGGUUUUCUCCGGGUUUUCUCCCUUGUUCCAAAGACGUACAGUUUUGUUGGGUAAUUUGCCUCAGUUAAAAAAAAUGGUAAAUUGUCCCUAGUGUGUAGGAUAGUGCUAAUGUACGGGGAUUGCUGGUCGGUGCGGACUCGGUGGGCCGAAGGGCCUGUUUCCGUGCUGUACCUCUAAACUAAGAUCACAGCUCCAGCAAAGAGGAAACCAGAGGGUGAUAGACUGUUGUACUCAUUGCACUUCUAUUUUUGUUCCUGUCAUUUUAACUGAUUUCUCCUGUUUAUAUUUGUCAUGCAAAACUUACAUCUUGUCACGUGUCGACAUUUUUUCAGGACUCAUUGUGCCUCGGGGGUUAAGUUGCCGGAUGGGUGGUUUCUUCGCAUCUCAUCACCUGAGUGUCCUAAUGAGUGGCAGAAGGAGUCACGUACUGAUUAGAGAGCAAAGUUGGGGGGCUGAGCCAUUACUGUGCAGUCAUUUAUCAGGUUACGAGGGUUGACUGAUUUACUGUGGUCAAUCAUGGAACACGGAAUUGUGAAAUCCACU